CCACACUCACUCCAUCGCACACUCCUCCGCUCCACUCAACUCCACUCCCCAAUCGAGCAAGGCCGAAGCCCUAGCUCGCCGCCGGCGGCCGCCAUUCCUCCCCUCCCUCCCGCAAGAGACGAGCGAGGCGGCCUCCGUCCACGCCCUCCGGCGAUGUCCCGGCGGCGGUCGAGGGGCGGGGAGAAGCGGAUGGACGCCGCGAUCGACCACUUCGCCAUCAUGGGGUACCGCAGCGCCGACGUCCGCAGCGUCGUCAACAGGCUGCUCAGGGAUGUGUACGGGAAGGAUGGGUGGCCGUUCCUGGAGGACAGCUGCUACCAUGUGGUGCAAGAAGCGCUCUUUGAGAUGCAGGAGGAGCAGGACAAGCUGCAGCUGCAGGCCGUGCCGCCGCCGCAGCAGCAGGAGGAGGAUGGGGAUGGUGGUGGCGAUGAUGAUCAUGAUGAUGAUGAAGCUCAGCAACAGGAAGCAGCAAUGAUGGAGCCACCUUCAGAAAAUGCCAUGCCCAUUGUGAUGGUUGACAGUGAGGCACAACCUUCUAAGACUGUGUUAGCCGUUGAGCAAGCAGGGGAACCUUCUAAGACUGUGUUAGCCGUUGAGCAAGCAGGGGAAGUGAUCCCCAUGAACAUGGAUCCACCUGCUUGCAGAGCUGGGCCGACACAUCCGUCAUCUGCAGGAACUAGUCGCACAAGGCGUCCCUGCUAUGGAUGGAUCUCUGAAUCUGAGAGCGAUUCAGACUAUGAAGAAUAUCUUGCACGUCAACGGAACCAGGCGCAUGUCCCAGCCAUGUAGAUGGGUGCAAGUGAAGCCACUUAACAGAGAGAGAGAGGGGGCUGAUCCACGGCGAAAGGAAGCAGGAGAACUGGACUAAUUUGCCGUAUCAAUAUAUUGCUAGUACCAAGUAUAUUUGUUAGUAUGAAGAACUAAAUUUGAAUGACACGGUGGCUGUAAUAUAUAAGUAAACCAUGGGCUCUGGAGCAGACUCUUUGGAUGACGGACCGGUGCUGCUCCCUUGAAUUACGUAAGAACAAUAUAUAUGGGUGUUGAUUAUGUUUAGGUACUGACAGGAUGUGCUAGCCUGUGUGGCUUGGCCGUCGACGUUUGUAUAAGAAUCACGGCCUUCUUGGCAUGGCCUGGCUGAAUAUGUCUGAAUCUAUGUGGUUUAUGGUA